CGCAGUGAAGAUGUCGCUGCGCCGCGCCUACUCCAUCCAGGACAAGCUGCAGGCCAUCGAGCGCGUGAAGCAGGGCGAGCGGCAGGCGGCCGUGUGCCGCGCGUUCGGCGUGCCCGGCGGCACGCUGCGCGGCUGGCUCAAGGACGAGGCCAAGCUGCGCUGGUUCCUGGCGCGGCUCGGCGGCGACGUGGGCACGCGCCGCAAGAAGAUGCGCCUGGCCAACGAGGAGGAGGUCGACCGCGCCGUGUACGCGUGGUUCGCGGCGCUGCGCCGCCGCGGCGUGCCCCUCUCGGGGCCGCUCAUCCAGGCGCAGGCGGAGGCCUUCGCCCGCCACCUCUACGGGCCCGAGUGCACCUUCAAGGCGAGCCACGGGUGGUUCUGGCGCUGGCAGAAGCGCCACGGCAUCUCCAGCCAGCGCGUCUAUGGGGAGAGUGGCGCCGAGCGGGCGCCCGCGGUGCCCGCUGAUGCCAGCGCCUACGGCGACGAGCAGAUCUACAACGCCAGCAUCACCGGGCUCUACUGGAAGCUGCUGCCGGGGCAGGCGCGCGGCGGGCGCCGCGUCACCGUGCUGCUCGCCGCCAACCUCACGGGCGCCCACAAGCUCAAGCCGCUCGUGGUGGGCGCCCUGCGCGACCCGCGCAGCCUCCGCCACCACAACCGCGACAAGUUCCCCGCCGGCUACCGCCACGGCGCCCGCGGGCGCCUGGCGCCGCCGCUGCUCCGCGCCUGGUUCUUCGAGGACUUCGUGCCCGCCGUCAGGCGCUACCUGCGCCGCCGCUGCCUGCAGCCCAAGGCCGUCCUGCUGCUCGGCGGCGCCGCUUCAGCGCCCGCCGGUGCCGAGGAGCCGCUGCAGACGCCCGACGGCGCCAUCCGGGCCCUCUUCCUCUCCAAGGGCGGCGGAGCGGGAGGCCGGGUGGCGGCGCCGCUGGAGCAGGGGGUGGCGGCGGCCUUCAAGCAGCUCUACAAGCGGGAGCUGCUGCGCGUGGCCGCGUCGUGCGCCGCCGCAGACUUCGUGCGCUCCUUCCUGCUCAAGGACAUGCUCUGCCUGGCCGGCCUCGCGUGGGAGCUCAUCCCGCCGCGCUCCAUCGAGCGGUGCUGGCUGCUGGGGCUGCGUGCCGCCUUCGAGCCGCGGCAUGAGGAGGAGGAGGAGGAGGAGGCACCGCGGUGCAGUGACGAAGGCGCCGGCGACACCAGGGUCUUCAGCGACCUCACCCAUCUGGCUGCGCUGGCCUGCAAGCGCCUGGCCCCGCAGGAGGUGGCCGCCUGGCUGCACUUGGACGACAACCCGGGUGCCGAGGGGGAUGAGGAGGGCGCCGAGGACGAAGGCGGCUGCAGGGCUGAGGAGGAAGAGGAGGAGGAGGAGGCUGCUGCUGAUGCAAGGGACAGGGAAGAGGGCGAUCCCUUGCCGCCCACGGCGCGGGAAGCCAUCCGGGGGCUGGAGACGGCGCUGCGCUGGCUGGAGAGCCAGGACCCCCGGCAAGUGGGGCCGCUCAAGCUGGUGCAGCUCCGCUCGCUCAUCAGCAUGGCCCAGCGGCUGCAGCGCGGCGGCGGGACCCCUUCCUAGUGCCCCCCGCCUUGCUCGGGUAUGGGGGG